AUGAGUUUGCCGAAGACAAUUGUCGUAGAAAAUUUGGAUGUUACAAUUCAUUCAGGCGGCAUGCUAUUGAUUAUUGCGGACAUUCAACCUAAUUUGGUGUAUAAAAGGAAUAAAUACAGUCAGCUCAAACUUACCAUGCAGCCAAUACCUAUUUUAGUAGGUAAAAGCAUUCUCAACAUAGAAAAGUCAUUCGUCAGUGUGAAUGAUAUUCUCUGGGAAAUGGAGUCACCUUUGAAAGUUAUCGAUUUGUGCUUUGAAUGUUUUUAUGCAUUCAAUGCCAAAUAUCCUGCAGAGAGUGAAAUGGUAUGGACAUUUGUGCAACAAUCAUUUUAUGAAAUUUUUACUGAUUAUGAUGGACCCCGCGCCGCGACGCUACCGCACGCGCCUACCCUUUCCGCCGCCGCACGACAAAAAGAGAGGAAGACAGACAUAGUUCGCGAGCGAGAGAACCGCCAAUUCGACGCGCUCCACGACUCACAACCAGUCAGCCCGCCACCAGAAACAGUCGAACGACGCCUCACGCCGCCUCCGCAAACAGUCGUCGCAUUGGCCAUGACGGCCAAGAACAAGAAACCAUCGGAACCGCGCCGCGCCAACAAACCGCUCAUGGAGAAGAGAAGAAGAGCCAGGAUCAACCAGAGCUUAGCCGCCUUGAAAACUCUCAUUCUCGACUCAGCCAAAGCGGACAACACCAAGCACUCCAAGCUGGAAAAAGCCGACAUUCUCGAGCUGACAGUACGCCAUUUCCAGCGCCACCGCAGUCUGGACGCACAAGGCGUCAACCAGUACAAGUCAGGCUAUUCGGACUGCGUAAAGGAAGUGCAGAGGUACCUUGAAACCCCUGACGCACAAACCAUGACAACCCUAGACGCUGGGGUACGUCAGCGCCUGCUGCGCCACCUGGACAACUGCGUAGCAGAAGUGGAAGUCGAUGCACGACAAGCCACAGCCUUAGAAGACAGGCUACAACCUCCCGAAGCCAGGCUCUUACCCUCAGAAGCCCACGAAGUGAACAACAACUCCCCUGCCGAGGAACCAAGUGCCUCCAAGGCCACCUCCAAGCCUGCUUACGACGGGAACUACGUGUUGUUGCUGCCGGAGCAUUACGUGCAGCUGGCUAGUGCGCUUGGGGUAAACCUGCGUACGCAAAACGAGCCGGAUACGAGCGCUAGCACUUCUAGCUGUUCCAGUGCUGAUGAAGAGGGGAAGAAGAUGGAGGCGCCUUUGGAUUUCAGCGACGCUGAGAUAAUUCAGCGCCUGCUGUGCAACCUGAACAACUGCGUAGCAGAAUUGGAAGUCGAUGCUUUGUACAGCCUCAGUAGACAGGCUACAAUAACCUCGAAGCCCACGAAGUCAACAACAAUUGGCCUGCUGAGGAACCAGAUGCCUCCAAGCCUGCUUACGACGGGAACUACGUUGUGUUGUUUCCAGAGUACUACACGUACAGCUGGCUAG